GCUUAGACACAUUCAUACUGUCUCGGCUGGCCUUGAAGGCUGCACCACUCUUUGAACUUUCCAUCUAACUCAUCGACAAUGGCAACUAAUGGCAACGCUACAGACGCGUCGCCAACGGAGAAGAAAGAGGAUCAGCCAAAAAAGCCGCUGUACGAGUCGAGCACCCAGUGUAAGAACUGGAGGUACUCUCCGGAGAUGCUCGCGGAUGUCCGCGCGUCCAUGAACGAGGCAGCAGUCGCGGCCAUUCGCAACGCUUUCGAGGCAGACGAGCCUGGUUCUUCGGCGAGCGUCUCAUUUCUCAAUGCACAAGAUGAGCAACUGCUCGUAAAGCUGUACCUCAGCAAAAUCCCCCAACUAUGUGGCCAUUUUCGCUUCCCAGAGGAAGUGGAGGCUACCGCCAUGACAUAUCUUAAGCGUUUCUACCUGAGAAAUACAGUCAUGGACUGGCAUCCCAAGAACGUGAUGCUUACUGCUCUUUUCUUAGCCACUAAAACAACCAAUAACCCUAUCUCGCUGGAAGCAUACGCAGGCCACAUACCAAAAACACAGCCGUCUGAUGUACUAGACCUGGAAUUUCUCGUAGCUCAAAGCCUCGGGUUCGAAUUCACAGUGUGGCACACUCAUCGAGCACUUUGGGGCGUCUGGCUAGAUCUACAAAGCUUAGACAUCGGACCUGAUCUGCGCCCUCCUGAUAUCUAUGAGGCUGCUCUCAACCAUGUCCGCACAUCACGACUGACCGACGCCGAAUUGAUCUACACGCCUUCUCAGAUAGCACUCGGCUGCCUUGCAAUGACAUCUCCUAUCCUCGCGCAGCAAUGGAUGGAGUCGAAAGCUGCUUUGGCCAAGAACACACAUCCGACCAUGUACGAGAUAUUGGCACAGACAAACGAAGAGGUUCGCGUGUUACUUGAGCAGACAGGUCAAUUGCCUGAGGUGGAGACGGUUCGAGAAGUUGAUCGCCGACUGAAGUUGUGCAAGAACCCGGAGAAGGUCGUCGGAAGCAAGGCCUAUCUUGCGAAACAAGCUGAAGAUGAACACAAAGCACAGCAAAGACGUGCCAAGAAAGCGGAGCAAGUCCGACGAGCUGCUGAAAGCAACGACCCGUUUGGCAAUGAUAUAGAUGAGAAGCAAAAGGAGGCGCUAGCCGGAGACUUGGAUGACGAUGACGACUAACCACGCGACUGAAGUGGAUGGAUACAAAGCAUGGUUAGAUAUCAUUCAUGUCUAUCGAGGGUAUAUUAACCAGGCAUGCCAUGUUGUACACGUGAACUGCUAUCAAUACCAUAGCGAACAUUGCAAACAAAAGCAGAGCUGUAUCCGUUACGACCAGUAAGGCAUUGUGCCUGCUUUCGAGGAAAGAGCUCGAGACAGGGGUGAAACGGAGAAAAGUAUCAUCCAUGUUGGCUUCUUUUUGACCACACGGACCACAAAAUGGCGUCCGCAUGGCUUCGAAAGAGCCGAAGUGUUUAAAAGAGGACGUUGACGAAUGAUCGACCCUUAAUCCAUGCAUGGAUAACACGAGUAUUAUUUCAUUACUAAAAACAACAUUCACAGUCAAAAGGACACAGGGGAGUGUCUCCACCCCCAUGGCUGAUUCCGAGCUCGUCUUCCUUGUAGACAUUCC